AUGUCCGAUGAAGAUGCAAUAGAAAUCAAACUUAAGGAUCUCGAAGAAAAGAUCUUAGCGGAUCCUUAUAAUGCAGCUGUUCACAAAGAAGCAAGUCAAUUAGUAAAACUUCUUCCCCCAAACCAUUCGGGAAGAGAGAAAAUUUACUACCUCAAAGGUGAAUACUUCACUUUCACCAAAAGUGAUAUUGAUGACUUCUUCCAAUAUACAAAUUCAAUUGACUCACUCUCCGAGGAUGCACUUAUGAUUUCCGGGAUGAUUGCAAACCACUUUCCCACGGGCGAGAAUUGGGCUAAAUAUUUGAGAUUAAUUAAAGGGUCGGAAAAUUACGGGCUGUAUCUAACGGAAGCUUGGGAAGAUUGUCAAUUUGAUUACUAUCACAGUAAUGAAGUAUUUGACAUCAUGGUAGAGAAUCUAGAGCUGAAUAACCCCAAUUGGCGUGAUUUACAUACUUUAUUCGACGACAGACUCAAGGUCCCACAUCACCAAAUAGAUGAAACAUUUAAUAAAUUUUGCUCCCUUUGUAGUAAAUAUGCUCCACAACAAUAUGAUCUAUGGGUUCCAUCAAGAAGUGAACUUUACCACAAGACGAAGCGUCUUCAAGCAUAUUAUGAAAAAUUUGAAAUACCACUUAAAAAGAAUCCUAACAACGUCUCCAUGUGGCUCGAAUAUAUGGAGAAUCUUUUCCAGUAUGAUGAUGAUAAUUUUGAAACUGUCGUCAGUAUAUUUGUUAGAGCUGUUGAGAUGUAUGAUUCGGAUGAAUGGCUUCCUCUAUGGAAAUGUGCCACCCGAAUGGUCCGAUCCUUGAUAAAAGACGCCUUGGCUGAGUAUAUUCUGGCAAGCUACAUUAGGAGAUAUCCUUACCAUCCUGAUGCAUAUGCUGAAUAUUUAACUCGUACUUGGUGGGAAGAUGAAGAAUAUGAUGACCUAAUGAAAAGAAUAGAAAGCAAUAAAGUUUUGGACCCAUCAAAUGAUCCAUAUCUAAUAGUUGGUGAAGCUAUUAUAUUAAUGAAGUAUAGAUACCACCUAUAUGAACGUCUGCAGGAGUCCGCAGAGGAACUUUACGAAGAAAUUUCAAAGUAUCUCUCGGAAUCAUACAACAGGCCAAAUGAUGGUAAAUAUCGCAUACCUAGAUUGGCACUUUCAAUCUAUGACGAAAUGAAAGAGGAAGAUAAGGCAAUAGAUUUGAUUGAAAACUUGACUACUCAAUAUCUGUCCUAUGGAAAUGCAUGGCUUUUGGCUAUUGACUAUAUGAAGAGUAAGCUCCCCCCAGAAGGAUUAAAAAACAUGUUUGAAGAAGCAGUGGAUGCUCUUGAUGGUCAUGAUCCAGAUAAUAAACUUCAAGAAAUAAGACAUAAGUGGAUUUCAUUCCAUGAGAUUGCUGGAGAUAUUGAGAAGAAUAGGAAAGUGGUUUGGAAGUGUUAUCUAUCUGAGAGAAAGGAACAGAAAUAUCUUGAAACCGAACAAGAUAAAAUGGAGAUUGAACCCGAAGCCUCGCCUAUUCCAACCGCAGCUAAUAACUCGCAAGCAAAGAGAAUGCACGAUGAUGUAGUUGAAAGCGACCAGCAACAUAGAUCUAGAGAAGAGUUCACAGUCAAAAUAUCCAAUAUUAAUCAGAAUACUACAGUUGAUGAUUUGCGCGUCAUGUUUGAAGAAUGUGGAGAUAUACGUGACAUUUCAAUUCACUCCGAGAAUGGUCAAUAUGAAGGACUCAUUGAAUUUUCCGGUCAACAAGAAGUAUUAUCAGCGCUAACGAAAACAUACAAACAGUUAGGGGAUUCCCAAAUUGUGGUAACCAAGUUUGAAAACGCCACCUUGUUUGUUAAUAACUACCCAAGUACGUACAGUCAAGCACAAGUUCGAGAAAUGUUUGAGAAGAUAGGUCCUAUAGUUGGUGUCAGAUUUCCUAAUCAGCAUGCGGGGCAUCGGAUAAAGAGAUUCUGUUAUGUCCAAUAUGUCACUUCUGAAGAUGCCAAGAAGGCCAUAUUCACAUACAAUGGAAAAGAAUUAUAUGAUGAAAAUUUGAAAAAGGCAAUUCCAUUAGAAGUGGUAGUUUCGAGACCCCAAGAGAAAAAGAAAAGAUCAACCCCGAUUUCGGAAAGGAAAAUUCGAGUUUCGAAUCUUCCAUUUAAUCUUGGAGAGGAUGAGAUUCGGGAAAUAUUUGGCGAUUGUGGCAAGAUAGAUCAAGUGACAUUUCCUAGACUAGGCAAACUGAAGAAUAAUAAAAAUGAUGGGAUUGCUAUUAUCGUGUUUGAGUCAGAACAAAAUCUUGACAAAGCGGUUAAGUUACACGAAACUGAAAUACAGGGUAGGAAAAUAAAUGUCCAAAAACAACAUGCGAAACACCACACGCUCACCCCUCGUGGUUUUGAUGAUUUGAAAACAAUAGGAUUAUCACGAGUAGAUACAACAUUAAAUCAGAAUGACAUUCGUGAAUAUUUUACACAAAAGUUUGGUCCAGUUGAGAAAGUCUUAUUGAUGCCAGACCAAGAGAAAAUAUUGGUUGAAUUCCAAUUUGCAGCUGAUGCUGGUCGGGCUACCAUGUCUCAACCAGCUAUUAAAUUAGGUGAUUCAUUUGCGCAAAUUCAACUGAAACUGGAGUGUCUUAAGUCAACAAGUGUUAUUGAAGGAAAUUCUACCAAGGCUCCUAAUAAGUUGCUGAUGGUGCCACCCAAUUUAAUCAAAAGACGUCGUCGUUAG